UAGUGGAGUGAUCCCGAGUUAGUGAGUUAAUGAGGGUUAUAGUAACAGUUUUAGUGAGGUGGGUUAUCUAAACCCGGGGGUACCGUGGGCUGGUUGUGUGUGCGGUGUUUUGGUUGCGGUGAAGAUUAUUGUGUAAUAAAUUCGCUGUUUAGAGACGGAGCUCGGUAUAGAGGGCAUGUCAUGGCCGACAGUGUAUAGGGUAUGAGAGCUGUUGUUACAGAUAGAGGCGGAGCGCGAACAUAUAGCUUAACUAACCCACAUACAGAGCAUCAGCCUGCCGGGUCUCUCAUACUCACUCCAGCGGCAGUAUUUACACGAAUAUAGUCCUGACCUUCGAACUCAACACCACACUACAGUUUUACCGGUACAUAAUGUACAAAAAACAGUGGGGCACAGAUACAGCACUGAUGCCACACCAAUGACAGGUCCUCCACUGUCAUGUCCUCCAGGAAUGUAAGCUUCAAUGGGGUAGCGAGACACACGAUCAGGAAGGGCGUUACAUUCUAUGCAAAUGAUUCUGUGGUCAACCCUGUAGCUGCUGGCCCACCUGACCAGCCCAGACCUCUUCUGCUUCUUCUGCCAUGGUUGGGCUCCAAGCCACAUGCCCUGGCCAAGUACUGCGAGAUCUACCUCAAAACCGGAUUCGAUGUCCUAGCUGUGGAGACAGAGGUGGGACGGUUCCUGUGGCCUCGCUGGGGGCUGGAGUACGGGGGCCAGCUCCUGGAGCUCCUGGAGAGUGAACGUUUCGCACAGCGCCCCCUGCUGGUUCACGCCUUUUCAAUCGGAGGAUACACUUUUGCCCAGAUUCUUAUUCAUAUUGCCAGAGAUCCCCAGAGAUAUCAGGGCUUGACCAGCAGGAUCAAAGGACAGAUUUAUGACAGUCUGGUUGUGGGUUCAUUGGAGCGGAUGGCUAUUGGUGUGAGUCGGAACUUGUUUCCCCGCUGGGGGCCUGUGGUAAAGCAUGUCAGCCUGCUUUAUUUCUACAUGUUCAAACGCCAGACUGUGGACUACUUCAACAUGGGCAUUGACGCAUUCAAGAAAACUCCUGUUCCAGCUCCUGCACUUUUCUUCUACUGUAACAAUGAUGCACUGUGUGAUCCUGAAGCUUUGGAGGAAAUGUUGGAACAGUGGGAUAAACUGGGUAUUUCUGUUACUAGCAAAAAGUGGGUAGAGUCGAUCCAUGCAGGGCAUCUGCGUGCCCAUCCUCAGGAGUACAUGUCCAUCCUGAAAAACUUCCUCUACUCUCUCAACAUGGUGCCACUCAAGGCUAAACUGUAAAACAUACAUACAGUUACCUUAUAUUCAAGGUGUUUGAUGUUUAGAAUUUUGUUGAAAACACAAUAAGAAUUAAUUUUAAUAUUAUUGAUAAAGUUGUGUGCCUUGACACUUGUUGCCUAACAUAAUUAAUCAAUAUGAGGCAUAUGAAACUGUUUGUCAGUUAAAGAGAGGUUGAUUAUAAAAUAUAAAAAACCCUGGUGUAACAGUAUGCUCAACCGUUAUAAUACCUCUGUAUAGUGUUGUUCCAUGUACUGUAUUCCACUGAUGUAAAAAGUACAUUUAGACUUUUAUAGUAUGUUUUUUAUGGUUUAUAUGUUUUGACAUUACUAAUGCACAUGUAUAAGUCUCCUUUUAGGGUUAAAUGGUCACUUACAAUAAAGAAGAAACACU